UUCGCAUGUCAUUUGCUGUCUUGUCUUCAUUUUUGAUUGCAGCACACUGAGGCAACAGUGAUGGCAGGCACGACUGCUUUGCCACUUCAGCAAUUAAUUGCUUCACUGGACAACUCUUGUCUGCCAAAAAUUCUACAAGUUUGCUCUGGAGUGUAUUUCCAAGGUUCUAUAUAUGAAAUUUCUGGAAGUGAAGUGUGCUUUUCUACUGGCGAUCUAAUAAAGGUCCUCAGCAUUGAGCUCCUAUCCGUUUGCUGUGACGACAUCAGCAACAAUGAGCAGUUUGAGCUGCCUAUCAACCACACAGGUUUAUUCAAAGUUGUUCCGGAGGAGAUGCCAUACAGUAGUAUCGAGGAGAUGGUGAGCCUGAGGCCUGUGGGCCUGGAAUCUUGCCUUCCCUUCACUUUUACCAGCAACGUCAAGAUAACCGUUGGCAAUUUCACACUGGGAGCCGGCAGAGCUUUGACAGUGCUCUCCAUUGAGCGGCAUGAGGGUGAGGAGGAUUAUGUGCGCUGCUAUGUUCAAGGACAACAGGAAGCCUCUGCGGAAGUGUGUAUCCCACUUUCUUCCCAAGGGGAGUUCAGGGAGUGUGAAAGCGAGGAGUGCUUCACCCUGCAGGAGAUCAUGUCCUCGCCCUGCCUCCGUAGUCGAAAGUUUCAUUUAAUCAACACCACCAAGGGUGACCGAACCCUUGUCCUCAGUCCGAUAUACCAGGUCCACGCCAUCAUGAACUUGAGGAAGAAUGUGUUGAAGUUUCCCUCCAGCUUAGAGGUGGAAGUGAUCGAUGUCACUGAGACGUGUAAGGACGUACAUUUUGUGACCCCGCUCAGUCUGACGGAGGUCCAUGCCCAGCCAGACAACUCCUUCCCUACAGUAGUAGAGAUAUUGGAAGGAGCAGAGACCAACUCUCUGUUUAAGUGCAGCUGGCUACCAAAACUUAGUACAGGCAGCCACCUGAUUUUCCACAAGGUAGGAACCUCAGCCAUGGUUUUAUUAUCCAACCUGAAGAGCCGAAGGGCACAGCAGUACUUCCUGGCAUCUCACCAAUAUGGUGGACGAUUACGUAGGCGGCCAAGAGAGUUUAAUUCCGUGUAUGAGCUUUAUGUUGCGUCAAUCCAGGCCCCAGGCCUGAAGGUCAGCGUAACAAGGAGUUGUGAGGGAGUUGAGGAGGAGGGCCUGCCUGCCCUCAGUGUGGGCGAACAGCUGGAGGUUGUUCGCUGCGAGAGGAUGGAGUUGCCUUGUGAAAGCAGCAAGGGACAGAAGCAGUCCGUCGAGGCGCUUUUGUGUCAGCGUCUCCAAGAGCCAGAUGAUGACGAGGAUGAGGAUGAAGAGGAGGUCAAGCAGCGGGAUGAGACAGAGGAUAUUCUCAUGCCUCUGUACAUGCAGGGCAACUUUGUGGAGGUACUCGCUGAUAACAAGAAGUACAGACUCAGGGACCUGAGUAAAGAGUUUAGUUUGCCGCUGGAUGUUAAAGUAGUGAGCCGGGAUACUGAACUUGAGACUGAUCCACUAGUUGGAUUUCCAAGUCUCAGAAUAGAGGGGGCUCUGCUAGAGCCCACCAUCCAGGCGAGCUUUCCACACAGGCCAGACCACUGUUUUGAGAUCCCAACCCGGUGGCUUUCUAUGUCUGUUUUUUUUACCAAGGAUCCCCUCCCAUGGCCCAACGGUCAACCACCUAAAUGCCAUGUGGAUAGAAUUACCGAGGUGACAAACAUAUUCUUUUAUGAAUUCAGCAAAAUCGGCAACUCAGAUGCAGCUCCCCCACCUCGACCACCAAAGCGAAAUCUGUCGUCUUCAAAGUCUUCAAAAAAAUCAUCGAAAUCCUCGGGGAAGUCAUCCAAAGCAGGCAAAUCCAAAAAUGCACCAAACAAAAGCAUUCCAACCAAGGAGUUAGCAGACUUGACUUUAAACAACAGAAAAAGGCCCCCAGCUCCCCCACCUCCGGUUAUCUUGGAUGAUCGACCUCCACCAGUCAUACCCCGAAAGCACACAGCGGCUGAAAUGACAACAGGCAAGGCUCUGCCAAACACUUAUGUGGAAAGGGAGGAGUCGAGGAAGAAAAAAGUGCCGCUGGAUGCAACAGAUGUUGCAGCAGAUGUUGCAGCAGAUGUGGAAAGUGACCAUGACUAUGAAACUGUGGACGACACUUUUACAACGAUGAUGAAGCAAGCACAAGAGAACGUCAUGUUUUACUAAGUAUUACCACAACAGCUAAACAUCCCAUAUGGGCGGCAGGCCCCCUUAUCUUGAAUAAUUUUAUGACAAUGUACCAAGGCAUAGAUUUAUAUACUGAGACUUUGCAGUCAAACCAGGCAACCUGGCCUAAGUUUUGUGAUUUCAUUUCAUGCUAAAAAUAAUUAGUUUCAAUCACAAGGCUAGAUUGUUCAGUUCAGUAUUAAAGGUCCCAUGACAUGGUACUCUUUGGAUGCUUUUACAUAGACCUUAGUGGUCCCCUAAUACUGUUUCUGAAGUCUCUUUCCCAUAAUUCUGCCUUGGUGCAGAAUUGGUGGCCUUGACCACCUGCCACUUUGCUCGUUUGAAAGCCAUGAUGUCUCUCUCUCUCAUGGGUGGGCCAAAUUCUCUUGGCUAGCAAAGCAGAGAAAGGGCAGGUAAUCUUUCCCCUUAUUAGGUCAUAAGGGGAAAGAUUCCAGAUCAGCCCAUCUGACCUUACCCAGGGCUCGGUUUACCCCUAUCACCAUUUCUAGCCACUGGGGGACCAUAGGCAAGCUGAUGGAAUGAAUUUUAAUGUUUAAAACCUCUCAAGUGAAACGUUCACAUCAUGGGACCUUUAAAUUAUUCAGCGAUAAACUCCUGUAUAUUGCAUCUGUGAGAAUCUGUGAAAUUAUUUGGGGUCUAGACAGCAUCCUUCAGUGUCUCACAAAACCUAACAACACUGCUACUCAUGUGGUCAACAAAACUCUUUCAUUCUUUAUCCAUUAAUUUCUACGCUCAACCCACUUCAUCCUCUUCAAGGUUGUAAGUGGCUGUUGCUGUGCUUGUACAGUAUACUGUAACACCCACAAACCUUGACUGAAAAACUAGUACCCUUGUAGUAUUUAUUGUUAUCGGCUAGUAUUUAAUACAGCACCUUUGUACUUUUUGUUCAAACUUGUUAGCAAAGCAUUGAUCUAACCAUAUGCUGGUUGGCUAGGUCAAUGGUUUUAGCUUGUAUUUUUGUAUACAGUAGCAUUAUAUUUUGCAAAACUAAGCAGUUUCUGUAGUUUAUCCUGAAACAAAAUAACAGCAACACCCAGUCUAAUAAAAUACCACAAAAAACAGUCUUAAAAAUAACCUCUAAAAAAGAAAUGCAAAUGCAUAUUUAUAAGCUUCACAGAGGUCGUAAUGGUUUGUAAACAACAGUUUUUAUUGUACAGGCAUUUAAUGUAUAUGUCAGCCUCCUGUAGUAAACAUGUAGUAUAUAGUAUACAGUCUUUGUUAGGAAACGGUCUUAACCUAAAAAACACUUAAUUGCAGCUCUGUAACUUCUCACAGGGUCACGUAACUGUAAUGCUACAGCAUAACCUCUGCCAGCCGUCACAGCAAACUAUUUAUGUGAGCACAAAAAGGUGCCAUGUUUUAUCAAAUCCUGUUUUUUGUGUAGUCUUUAUUUCAUUGAAAUUACUCUCCAGAGGUGUUGACUCAUUGCCACAGAAA